UACGACAGUAAGAAAGAAAAAAAUGAAAAAUGAUGAAAGUUGAUAAUAAUCAAAAUACACCUGCAGGAGCUACACGCCCAAAACAGGUUGCUAAAUUUAUUUCAGAAAGUGACAGUUUAACAAGAUGCUGCACUAGAUUUUCCUCUUCACUGAUUCAAGAAAACUCUGAAUCGUUAUUAGAAAUAAAAAGCCAAAAUCUUGAAAAUUUCUGGACUCGUCUCCAAGCGGCUCAUGACGCCAUAGUAGAAUCUGAUCAAACAUGCCACAGAAUUUGAAACAAUCGGCUUACGCAAUAUAUGAAAACUGCUUAGACCAAUAUGAAGAAACAAAAGCUAUGAUCUCCGAUCAAUUAAAGCUAAUAAAAGCAAUUGCACCUACUCCACAUCCGAGAGUAGAGCUGCCACAAAUGCAACAAUAUCAAGAGGCAAGUUCAGGCAUCCAAUUCGAGUUGCCCGCUUGUGACACAGAAACCUUUUACGGAGGUUAUGAAGAAUGGCCGUCCUUCCGGGACAUGUUCACAGCCGUGUACAUAAAACAUCCUCAAUUAUCACAAGCGCAAAAAUUGUAUCACCUCAAAUGCAAAACUAAAGGUCAGGCAGGCAUAAUAGUAAAACAGUUCGCUCUUAAUGACGAUAAUUUCAAUUUGGCUUGGGAAGCUCUACAAGCUAGAUACGAAAAUGAAAGAAUACUGGUCGAUAAACAAGUAACGGCACUACUAAACUUGCCUAAAAUCAAGAAAGGAACAAGUGAAGAAUUUGUAACACUACAAUCCACUGUUUCUAAUUGUUUGUCGAUUCUGUCGACACAAAAUAUUCCCACAGACAGCUGGGACCCAAUUCUGGUAAACAUUUGCACCGCCGCAAUACCAGAAAAGUCGUUACUUCUAUGGAAGCAAUCGCUUUCAUCUCGAAAAAAGUGCCCAACGUGGCAACAAAUGAAAGAUUUUCUCACCACACAAUAUGAAAUUGCGGAAAGGUUAGAAGAAAAAAUACUCAAAUCUAAGAACAAACACGACCAGAAUGAAAGCUUAAAUAGACCCCAAGUUAGUAACAAAAUCAAUUCAAACCAAAACUUUUACAAAACGCAAUCGUUCACAUCCGUACAGAAAAAACAUACGUCAUGCGAACUAUGUAAAGGAGGGCAUAAAUUUAUUUCUUGCCAGAGGUUUAAAAACUUAAAUAUUAACGAAAGGAACAACUUUGUCAGAUCAAAAAGACUCUGUACAAACUGCUUGUCCCACUCACACAAUCUUAAAAAUUCUUCUCUUCUUCACUGGCGUAGACACCGCUUACGCGAUUAUAGCCGAGUCAACAACAGCGCGCCAAUCGUUUCUUCUCUUCGCUACGUGGCGCCAAUUGGAUAUUCCAAGCGAGGCCAGGUCCUUCUCCACUUGGUCCUUCCACCGGAGUGGAGGUCUUCCUCUUCCUCUGCUUCCCGCGGCGGGUACUGCGUCGAAUACUUUCAGAGCUAGAGUGUUUUCAUCCAUCCGGACAACAUGACCUAGCCAGCGUAGCCGCUGUCUUUUAAUUCGCUGAACUAUGUCGAUGUCGUCGUAUAUCUCGUACAGCUCAUCUUUCCAUCGGAUGCGGUAUUCGCCGUGGCCAACGCGCAAAGGACCAUAAAUCUUCCGCAGAACUUUUCUCUCGAAAACUCGCAACGUCGACUCAUCGGUUGUUGUCAUCGUCCAAGCCUCUGCACCAUAUAGCAGGACGGGAAUUAUGAGCGACUUAUAGAGUUUGACUUUUGUUCGUCGAGAGAGGACUUUACUUUUCAAUUGCCUACUCAGUCCGAAGUAGCACCUGUUGGCAAGAGUAAUCCUGCGUUGGAUUUCUAGGCUGACAUUGUUGGUGGUGUUAAUACUGGUUCCUAAAUAGACGAAAUUAUCUACAACUUCAAAGUUAUGACUGUCAGCAGUGACGUGUGUGCCAAGUCGCGAGUGCGACGACUGUUUGUUUGAUGACAGGAGAUAUUUCGUCUUGCCCUCGUUCACUGCCAGACCCAUUUGCGUUGCUUCCUUGUUCAGUCUGGAGAAAGCAGAACUAACGGCGCGGGUGUUGAGACCGAUGAUAUCAAUAUCAUCGGCAUACGCCAGCAGCUGUACACUCUUAUAAAAGAUUGUACCUGCUCGAUUCAGUUCUGCAGCUCUAAUAAUUUUCUCCAGCAGCAGAUUGAAGAAAUCGCACGAUAGGGAGUCGCCUUGUCUGAAACCUCGUUUGGUAUCGAACGGCUCGGAGAGGUCCUUUCCGAUCCUGACGGAGCUUUUCGUGUUGCUCAACGUCAGUUUACACAGCCGUAUUAGUUUUGCGGGGAUACCAAAUUCAGACAUCGCGGCAUAAAGGCAGCUCCUUUUCGUGCUGUCGAAAGCAGCUUUGAAAUCGACGAAUAGGUGGUGAGUGUCGAUUCUCCUUUCACGGGUCUUUUCCAAGAUUUGGCGCAUGGUGAAUAUCUGGUCGGUUGUUGAUUUACCAGGUCUGAAGCCACACUGAUAAGGUCCAAUCAGUUUGUUGACGGUGGGCUUUAAUCUUUCACACAAUACGCUCGAUAGAACCUUAUAUGCGAUGUUUAGGAGGCUAAUCCCACAGUAGUUGGCGCAGAUUGUGGGGUCUCCGUUUUUACGGAUUGGGCAUAGCACACUUAAAUUCCAAUCGUUGGGCAUGCUUUCGUCCGACCAUAUUUUAUAAAAAAGCUGAUGCACGCUCUUUAUCAGUUCUUCGCCGCCGUGUUUGAAAUGCUCGGCCUAUUGGCCCCGCCGCAUUUUUGUUUUUCAGACGGGUAAUUGCUAUUGGAACUUCUUCAUGGUCGGGCAAUGGAACGUCUGCUCCAUCGCCAUCGA